AUGUGGCAAAUAUGCGAGGGCUACCGGCUAGAGGACGGAGCCGGCCAAAGAAGUUUGUCAGCCAUCGCUAACAACAUCCAGUGCGCUUGGGAACUCUUAACGUUGGGACGCAUACCAGAAGGAGUGGUGAAGUGGCAGACAGUAUCAGAAAACGCCGUGUUGACAUAUGCUGCGUACAGGAGACUCGCUGGAAAGGCUCCAAAUCAAGGGAAUCAGGCGAUGGCUACAAGCUCAUGUACCACGGCACAUCAAAUCGCAAUGGCUUCGGUAUCAUAUUGA